CGCAACUUUGCUGCCUGAAAGAAACGCGAGCUGGUAGGCGAAGGAAGCUAAGCCCGUGGGCCUGACGGCUGAUGCUGCCGUGUUCCUCCCGAACGGCUUUCACCAUAUCUAAUCGCUGGCGAGGCGGAGCCUAGAGCGGGGGUGGGUAAUGUCUGUAAUAACCGACAUUUCCCGUGGAGUUUUGCAGGAUUUCCUAGGAGCGGGAACUUACAGCUGCGGGGAAGCUUUCAAUUGAGAACAUGGCCACUGACCUCGGCAGCCAGGGAGAGCCAGAUCAGAGGCUAAAUGCAGCUUUUGGACAGUAUGAAACAGAUAAGUUUUUAAGAGCUACUGUUGAGCAGAAAAAUAUCUUUGAAUCUGGUACUGCGUCAGGAUCCAGAAUGAGGAACCAAAGCUUGUCACCUCUAAUUGCAGAGUAUGACAAGCACUUGGAAGAAAUGAGUGAACAGCUGCAGCUUUACCAGGCACAGAUGGGUGAGAUGAGACUAAAAUUUGAGCAAGUCACCAGGGAAAAUGAAAGGCUGCAUGUGGAGUUGAAAGAGGCUGUUGAGAAGCAGCUGGAGGCCUUUCCUUUGCUCAUGGGGGCUGAUGUUUCUGCGGAUGAAGAAAUAGUGAAAAACCUUCAAGAACAACUGCAAUUGGCCAGUCAAGAAAAAGAACAAGCGCUAGAGCUGUGGCAGACUGUAUCACAGGACCUUCAUCAUCUCCGGCAGCAGUACCAGGAACAUAUGACUGAAACACAGAUUCAUGCGGCUGAAAGGCAAAAGCAGAAAGAUCAACUGACUGGCUUUCAACAGCUGACUCGACAACUGCGUGUAGCCAAUGAGAAAAUAGAGUUGAGCAAUCAACAGUUUCUGAAAACAGUCACAGAACAGAACGUGGAACUAGAGCAGCUACGGAAACAACUGAGGCAAGCUAAAAUAGAUGGACGGACAGCAACUGCUAAGGUUGAUGAAAUGACCAGAUUGACAGAGAAGCUUCAAGGCCAAUUGGAGAGAAGGGAGGAAGAUACAGUAUCUGCUCAACAGAGAGAAGAAGCAUCUGACAAACGCUUGCAGCAAGUGCAGUCUAGUAUAAAACAAUUAGAAACAAGAUUACGUGUUACUGUCCAUGAUGCUGAGCAACUGAGAACAGAAAAAACAGCCCUGGAGAAACAAAUCAGAGAGCUUCAGUCAAAGUGUGCUAGUCUAGAAAAGGAGAAGUAUAAUGCUGUUACAAAAGUCCAAGAUAGCAUACAGCUUUUAGAAGAAGCUAACCUACAAAAAAGUCAGGCACUGUUUGGGGAAAAACAAAAGGAAGAGGAAAUCAAAAAGAUGAAAGAUGAAAUGUCCCAACUUGCAGAAGAUACUGCUGCAAAAAUUAGAAAGGCAGUAGACUCUGCAAAGAAACAAUACAAUGUGCAGAUUUCACGACUAACGGAAGAACUUUCUGCUCUUCAGAUGGAAUGUGGAGAAAAACAGAGUCAAAUUGAACGGGUCAUUAGAGAAAAGCAAGCAGUGGAAGAAGAACUUGAAAAGAUUUACCGGGAAGACAGAGGACAUGAAUCUGACAAUAGAAAACUAGAGCAACUGCAUCAAAAAUACCUACUUGCAGAGUGUACAAAAGGUGACCUUCAGCUAAGUCUACAAACAACACAGAGUAAACUGAAGCAACUGGAAAUGAACUCUGAGGAAGAGAAAUCUCGUUUCCAGGAAAUGAUCUGUAAAUUGCAAAACAUUCUAGACGCUGAAAGAGAAAAGAGUGGUUUUGUCAGUGAACAAAGGCUAAAACUUCAGCAAGAGAAUGAACAAUUGCAAAAAGAAAUGGAGGGCUUAAGAAAACUGGCUAUGGAGGCUCAACAAAAAGCUAAAAUAAAGAUAAGCACGAUGGAACAUGAACAUUCUGUCAGAGAACAUGGAUAUGAAGCUCGACUUAAAGAAAUGGAAGACAGCAGUCAAAAAUCUACCGCUGAACUGAGACGUCUCUUAGUAGCUCAGCAGAAAGCAACAAAUCGGUGGAAAGAAGAAACAAAAAAUCUUACUGAAACUACAGAAGUCAGGAUCAAUAAGCUAAAAAAUGAAUUGAGUCAACAGAAACUUCGCACCCAAGAGCUCCUUUCUCAACUGGAAAUGGCAAAUGAGAAGAUAAUUGAGGAUGAAAAAUUAAUGAUGGAAUAUCGAGAAUACAUCAAUAGGCUUCAGAGACGAUUAAGCCAGGCAGAGCAGAGGGCAGCUACAGCAUCUCAGAAGCUCAGCGUGAUAACUGCACACAAGAAAAAGGUUACUUCCCUGAAAGAGUUGGAAAACAUUUAAAUAGAUGUAUUGUUCAUUGACACCACGUUGGAGUUGAGAAGAUUGCUGGAGAAACUCCAUAUUGGAGCAUUAAAGUCAAAUGCAUAGCAAGAUUUGUAAAAUGCGCAGAAACAUUUUCUGUUUUAUUCAGGUAAGGAAGGAGGUGGAUGAAGCUACAGUAUCUGUAUACAAAGUAAAGACAGGAAGACAAAAUGAUGCAAUUAAAGUCCUUCAGUAUAGCAAAUUCAGCAGUCUGAUACAGUGCUGUGGUGUAUUGGUCUUUUUGGUAAAAAUCAAUUCAAACUAUGACAAAAUUGUGUACAGAGACUAGAUAACAGUAUUAGAAUUAGUAAACAUCUUUACUCACGUAUAAUUUGUACCUUUUUCUUUCUAUUUCAAUAGCCUGUGAACAUUUUGAAGAUACUUUAUGUAAGGUGUGCUGAAAUCGUUUGAGUUUUAAGAUACUAAUUAUGUCACAAAUGUCAAAUUGUUGCUGUUUUUGUAGGAGGUGUGGUAACUGGGAAAUGCCUCUAUUGGCUUCCAUUUGUAAGGAUUCAAUUCAGUUUGUUCUGAUGUGCCUGGAAAACAGUUAAUAAAUAAAGUGUUGCUAUGGUUA